CUGGGUGCUGUUGGAGCAGGAGGCGGGAGCUGAGCAAGGGGCGAGGCCUGGAGGAACCUGAAGCGGCUCUGGUGUUGAACGCGACGGCGGCUUCACUGCGGGGUUGUCACUGUGAAGCCCAAUCUUGCCUCGGGUACUGAGUGUCUGGAUUACAGUGUGAAAAGUGGAUCAGGUGACUCAUAUGCUAAAGGAUGGUACGGUCAAGAUCCAGAUCCCCCAGGUGGAAACAAAGGUCAUUAUCACCACAAUCUAGGAAUUUUGAAUACUAUGAGGAAAGACAUUUCCAUGGGCAUUAUGAUCCUGAAUAUAGAGAUGAUCCAAAAAGACCCUUUACUUGGAGACUGGACGAUGAGAAACGUUUACAGAAUAAACUAAGGAUUUCCCCUCGUGUGAAUCCUUAUUAUCGGUCUUAUGAAAAUAGAUCACCUUCCCCAAAUAUAAAGUCUGUAGAAAAAUUUGACACAUAUAAUCCUCACCAAGAAUAUUACCCUGGAAGAGGGGAUGAUGACAGAAGAUCUCAAUAUAUGCCCACAUACUCAGAAAGUGCAACAACCUAUACAGAGCAUGAAAGGGAUUGCUAUUCCCCCCAAAUGCAAGGAAGGUUUAUUCCUGAAGAGCACAGAGUUAGAGGAAGUGGGAGAGGAGGGAAGCCAUCUCAGAUGUCACUGGAAGAUUCCUUUGGAUUUGAAGAGACAUGGCAUGAAGAUGAAUUGAGACACCAGAGGGUCCAAGAAGAAAACUAUCCUCAGUCACCCAGAAGAGGCUCAGAAGACUUUGAUGCAAGGAACCCUUUUCAGAAGAGGUAUCCUGAGGAUCAUGAUUUCAGAAAGUAUGACUACACACCAAAAAGACCUAUAGAUGCAGCAAGGUAUGAAACUAGAGAGCCGGCCAGAAUCUCAAAGUGGAAGCCUGAGCAUUCUUUUGUACCUUUUCAAGAGAAGGAUGAAGAGUGGAGCUACGGAUCACAAAGCCAUAGAUACACUGAGAGAGAAUACCCAGAGCUGAUUUCAGCAACCAGAGUAUCUUAUGACUACCGUCACAAACAUCAUAAGCUUUCAGACAGUGAGCAGGACUUUCCUGAUGAGAGAUUUCAGAAGUACUUGAAGGAAGAAGACAGAAAAUACAGUUCUCUGAAAGUUUCUGGAAAUAGAGAGUCAGAUUUUUUCAGUACUGCAAGAGGAAGAGAGAAUGAAAAUGAUCAGGUCAAUGGGCCCUUUCAACUAUACAAGAAAGACUGCAUUUCCUAUACUAAUACAAAUAUAAAGGAAGCUGAUUUGGGGCCUUGCAAUGACAAAUGGAAGAAAAAAAUAAAUAAAGAAGAUUGCAGAAAAGAGAGUGCCUCUUCUAGUAAACAACCUGAUGCAAGCCCAAAGCAUGAAGAGAAACGAUAUUCAUUUGUCAAGAAGAAAUCACUUUCUGUUCAAGUAGAUGUGAACAAGAGGAACACAUUUAGGUCCACUUCUAGAUACUCUGCAGAGAGGCAGCUAUCACAUGAUUUGGUUGCUGUGGGCAGAAAAGCUGACAAUUUUCAUCCAGUAUUUCACCAUCUCAACUCACCUCAGAACCCUGAAGACAAACCUGCAGAAGAGUUUGCUCAGGAAAUCAUCACACUAAUCCAUGAAGUUAAAGCAAGUUGUUUUGCACCAUCUAAUGUUACUUUAAACGAGCGUUUCUCAAGAAUACAAAACAGACAUGAUGCAGAUUUCAAUGAAAUGAAAUUGAAUUCAGAUCCAGAAUUUCACAGGAGAAUAGAUAUGUCUUUGGCCGAUCUUCAGAAUAAGCAGACUAUGGUAUAUGAACCAGAUGAGACUCUUGUCAAAGUAAUAGAGCCAAAUGACCUGCGACAUGACAUUGAAAGAAGGAGAAAAGAGCGAUUACAGAAUGAAGACGAGAACAUUUUUCAUAUGACUAGUCCUACAGAGAGGAAUCAUCAGUGUCCCAGUUUUUCAAAGAACUAUACUAUGCAGAGAAACGAUGGCAUUACUCAGAAGAUAUUUAGAGUUGAAGAAAAUCAUCAAAACAGAAGAGGCCCUAGAAGGUCUUUCAAGAACUUUUUGGGUGGCAGAUUCCAGCCCCAUUUUAAGUCACAUCUGGUACGGAAGAGCUUGUAUAUUCAGGCUAAAUACCAGCGUUUACGGUUUGCUGGACCAAGGGGAUUUAUUACCAAUAAAUUCAGAAACAGAUUUCUGAGGAGAAAAAAGGAAUACACUAUAUUGCCACAGAAAACCAACUGGGAAUUGUUGCAAUGGAACUGGCCCUACAUGAGGACUUAACUGAGGAUGUAACUGAGCAUCUUGUUUGGUCAGGAAUUGGAAUUGACACUAAGACACUAAUACUGUAACUUUCUUGAUAAAAUAUCUUUAUUUUUCAGUAGUGGAAUACUGCAACUUUUUUACACUUAACAAUCACUGUUAAUCACUGUUAAUUCAGUUUUAAAGUUGUAUUUAACUACAACUCUUUUGCAAAAACUCUCAGCAGGAUCAUUUGGGGGCAUUAUUUGUUGAUACAUCCUUUUCUGAGUAUGGUUUCACCAAGAGAAUUUAAUCAAAUUAUAUCUAAACAUUUAUAUGUUGAAAGCUUUGUUUAUGUUAUAAAAACAAACAUCAGAAUUAUAUAGUGUCUAUACAUGAAAUAACUUUAAACAGUGGCCUUACAGUAGCAAAUUUUAUACUGGCUUUUCUUUUUCUGAUGACAUUUUGACUUCUAACUUGAAGUUUUCUGAAGUUUCUGGAGAUCAAGGCCUAUGUACAUCAUCCAUUUCAUAAUCAAAUAUAAAAAGCCUAGAGAAAAGGUGCGCCUUCUCCAUCGGGUCAUGGCAAGUGCACUGAACUGUUAGUAAAUGUGUGUCUUGGGUAUUCCCAUGACUAUUUGCUCUUUUCUAGUUUCAAAUGCUAUUGUGGAAAAUAUGUAAGGAUUUUGUAAUCUCUAUUCCAUCUUCUUUUCCCUCAGGGCAAGCUUGUGCAUAUUAUAUUUUUAAAGGCUUUUAAAAUCUGACAGACAAAAUUACAUAUUUGAACAUUGUACUUUACUACUGUGGUAUUAGACAUUUUGCGGACCCAUCUUACAGAGGGCAUAUCUUUGGUUCAGUUGAUAGGUGUUAUAUGCCUACUAUAUGUAAGAUAGGGUCCAUGAGAUUUUCAAUACAGUCUGUAGGUCCUGAAACUUACUUCUUUGUUUUCUUUCCUUCUGUUUAAAAGUACAUACACAUUCCCAGUCAAAUUUUUGUGAAAUAUUUAUUUGUAAGAAAAUAAAAUAUUGUUGCUCUUUCUGCUUGAAGCUAUUACCUGGCAGUUGGUGAGAACAUGCUUUUAAUUCUUUAUGAGACUGACAACUCUGGGUAAUCUUUGUUGAUGUUGAAUACUGGGGAAACACAUAAUGAUGUAUAUUUUCCUUAUUUUCUUUUUUAAAUUUUUAUUUAAAUUCUUUCUCAUACAAGGACCACUCUUCUUUAAGUGGGUCAGUGAUAAGGGACGUUGGAGCUUUGAUUCGGUGUUAACUGGAUGAUGAAUAAACGACCUGAUUUUUGUACUGUGUGCCAUUCCUAGAAAUCAGGUUUUCCAACCCUCCUAUACAUGAAACUGGGGCUAAGGAGAAAAUCAUGUAUGCAGUAAUAUGGCAAGUUUGCAUUGACUCAGUACAUAAAAAAAAACUACUUUAAUUUUUUUGAGUCAGGGUCUAAUGUAGCCCAGGCUAAUGCAGAACUCAGUAUAUAGCUGAGGAUGAAUGACACUGAGGAUCUCUAGAGUGUUGGGAUUACAGGCAUGUUGCCACCAUUUGUGGUUUUUAUAAGGUGUUUCAUGCAUGUUAUGCAAGAACUCUGCCAGCUGAACUACAUCCUCAGUCCAUCAAAUUCAAUUUUUUAUUUUAUUAUUUUAUGUGUAUAGAUGGUUUUUACUGCAUGUGUAUCAUGCCAUGCCCACAGAGACCAAAAGACGACG